ACUUCACUGCCUGCUGAGGAGAUAACAAUGCAGAAGAAAGAGCUUAUGCCGUACUGGAACCUUAUUGUCACAGUGUUGCGAGGGAAAUUCAAUAAUUCAUAUGAUUUAAUGUCUAAAUGUGACUGCUACGUCGUCUUGAAAUUACCCACAGCCUGUGCUUGCUGCCAUCACACCCAAACUGUCAAAGACAGCAAUGAACCAAACUGGAAUGAAACCUUCAGUUUCAGAGUACACAGCGGUGUCAAGAACAUUUUGGAAUUCCACAUAUAUGAUUCUGAUCGGUUUACGAAAGAUGACUUAUGCUCCACCGUACUAUUUGACAUCAGCAGCCUCACACUUGGACAAAAGCAGACAAAAUGCUUCAUUUUUGAUGAUAAGAAAAAGAAUGAGUUGUGGGUGACAUUUGAGAUGACAGUGAGCUCUGAGAAUCCUGAGCCGUACCUCUCUAAUGGAGUGUUGAUGGCCGGUCCAUUCUGUGCUCUGGAUGUGAAGGCGGAAAAACCUCUCAAAACAACUGUGAAAAAGAACCUGAUUUUAAAACUGAGAGGCGCAUAUAAGGAGGACCGUAUGAUCUCAGGUUUUCAAGAAAACCCCAGCUGUACACAGACUAUGCGAUAUUACAUCAACCGAGACCUGGAGACUGAAUUUAGUCUCAUCGCAUCAAAAGCUGCUGAAAAAAUGGAUGAUGCAAAUCCAAAAACUUUGGACAUUCUGUCCUCUGUCGUUAUAAAAUCGUUUUCAGCCAAACAUCAAACUAAACUCUCUAUGCAUGCUGGAGAGGAUAAAGUAAAUCUGCAACUAAGCACAGAGGAUCGCCCAAAAGAAGAUCUUGACGUACGUCUGGGUUUUGAUAUUCCAAUGGAAGAAAAAAACUUUCUGGUGAAGAGGAGAAAAGUCGUGUCACAGGCACUACAGAGAGCUCUGAAACUCACCUCUCCACCAGAGCCCAGCAAGGUCCCUUUGGUGGCUGUGGUGUGUUCAGGGGGUGGGACCAGAGCAAUGAUUGGCACAUAUGGGAGCCUUAGAGCACUUCAAAAACUCCAACUUCUUGAUGCGGUCAGCUACAUCACAGGAGUUUCUGGCUCUACCUGGACUAUGGCCUCUCUUUACGGUGAUGCUAACUGGUCAAACAGUGACCUAAAUGAGGUUAUGGAGUCUGUAAAAAAGGAGAUAUCUAAAAGUGUGUUCAGUGUAUUUUCCCCUGAACAGCUAAGGCACUACAAAGAGAAUAUGGAAGAGAGAGAGAAAGAAGGACACCUUGUCUCUCUCGUUGACAUGUGGGGUCUGGCUAUAGAGUAUCUCAUCCAGGGGAAGAAUAAAAUGGUUACACUAUCUGACCAGCAGAGAGCACUAUCAAAUGGACAGAACCCUCUUCCCAUCUACGCAGCUCUCAACAUAAAGAAUGGCAAGACAGGAAGUACCACUGAGCCUGAAUUAUGUGAGUUCACCCCAUACGAGGUUGGAUUUACCAAGUAUGGUGCCUUUGUACCUGCACAAAACUUUGGGAGUGAAUAUUACCUCGGUCACAUGGUCAAGAAACUCCCUGAACCUGGGGUAUACUCUUUAUUGGGAAUAUGGAGUAGUGUCUUUUCUGUGAGUCUGACUCAGCUUUGGAGUUGCAUUACUGGAGUGAUUCCAUCCUGGGCCCACAAGAUUGGAGAAGAAGUGAACCACACAGAAACAGAUAAUAUACCAUCAACACUGGACACGCUCCAGAUCAGCCCCAUGACGGAUUUAGCAAAAAUGAUCAGCAACUUUCUGACCAGCCGCCCCAUUAUCAGCCAAGUGUACAAUUUCCUGAGAGGCUUUUAUCUGCACAGGAACUACAAUGAGAACUCUGGCUUUAGAGCAUGGAAGGAAACACACCCAGACGCCUUCCCUAACUCCCUGACGCCAGCAGACACCAAACUUGGUCUGGUGGACUGUGCUGUGGCCCUCAAGUCAUCAUUCCCUCCUGUGCUACGCUCUCAGAGGCAUGCAGAUGUCAUUCUGUCUCUGAACUACUCUUGGGACCAGGACCAGUGUAAGAUCCUAAAGCAAACUGAGGAGUACUGCAUUGAUCGGAAGAUUCCAUUUCCAAAGAUUGAUUUUAAAAAGGUAGAGUCAGAGCCAAAGAAGGAAGUAUAUGUGUUUGAGGAUAAAGAUAAUCCAGAGGCUCCCAUAGUGAUUCACUUUCCCUUGGUCAACUUCACAUUCAAACAGUUCACGGCUCCUGGAGUGAAGAGAGAGGGUAAAAUGGAGAUGAAUGAAGGAAAUUUUGAUAUUGACUUCACCAGUAGCUCCUGUCCAUUCACCACUCAGAAACUUACCUAUUCUCCUGAGGUCUUCCAGAAGCUGGCAAACCUCACCACCUACAACAUUCUAAACAACAAAGACAUAAUUCUGAAUGUGCUGAACAAAUCACUUAAGAGAAACAUGGAGAGAGUUCCUUUUACAAAGAUGACAAAAUCCUAAAUUGAGAUUGAGGUUUGAGCAGCAGGUAGAAUUCAUAUAGGUACACUUCACAACAUUGGUGAGCAGUUUUCCAACCAACAAUGUUAAAGGUGCACUCUGAAUUUUUUCCCCACAUUAAAACAAGUUUUACUCAUAAAUAAAUGAAUAGCACUUUUAAACCAAGUACACUUACAUAAGAUGAUUCCAGUCAUAUUAGUAGACUUUUAGAAGCUGUUUUAUUGGGGGCUGCCAUAUUUAGAUCACAUGAUCAGCCGAAUACUUUUCUUUUUUUUAUCGGUUACACACCUAUUAUUCACUUUAUAACACUUUAGAUCGCAGAAUAAAUAAAUCAUGGCUGACUGCUAUUGUUUCAUUACAAUGCCAUCAGUAAUGGAAACUUACACCUUUAAAAUAUGAUAGAUAUGUAGGUUAAAUAUCAAAGUUUAUACCAUGGGGCUGUUGAAUGCUUGAUUCUGAUUGGUUAACGGAUGUUCUAAGGUUUGCAAUUAUUUUUCAGUAAACGCACGGCUAUGAAGUAUUCCAGGUCUUGACCGCAUAACAGUUCCAUAUCACUUUGCCAAAAUAUUUCAGUUAUGUCUAAGAGCUGUACAGCUUACCAGAGUAAAACAGGCAAAUAAAACACAAGACAUUGACUAAGUAAUCGAAGACGAAAGACACACAAUUUCUAUAAUAUCCACAAUGUACUUUAAUAUCUGUGGAAAGCACUCUCACGCUAACUUUCUUUCUUUUGUUCUCACCCACACACACAUACAUACGCACUCACAUAUUCACUUCUUUCGCGGGAAACACACAGAACCUAAAUGUUAAAGAACCACCAUGACUUAAAGCAGUUUAGCAACUGAAAAGCUACAUACAAGAAUGGCGACACUACAAGCCUUCUUCUGAGGAGUGUUGUUAAACUAACAGUAUGGCGAUUUGAAGCGAUGUUACUAACGAACAUAGCUUAAGACAGCUGAUCCGUCAUCAAUUAUUCCUUACUUAUAUGAGCAACGGUGGUCUAAGGUUAAUGUUAAACUCUCACUUGACCACUAUGGACCUUCUUACUGUAACGUCUCAAGCCUGGUUGCGUGAUCUUGUAUGAAUCAUCAGUUCACUGUAGCACUUUCUCCACUGCUUUUGACUUGACAAUCUUUUACAGUUUUAACAAUCCCGUUUUGUUUGUUUCUGACUAUUUGUAAGUAAUUAUUGGUGUAUUUAUGUAUACUGUCAUUACCUGUCAUGAUUUGUACAACAGGAUGACACUGAGUAACGCGAUGUUCACAAUACCUUGAGGUUUGUGUGUGUGUGCGUGCGUGUUACCGGAUAAAUAACAUGAUUAUUGGUCGCUGAAGGGAAAUUCAAGUGCAAAGCAGCACAUGCCUUUGCAAUUUUGUUUGAUUUGCUUUGGGUGACACAAGUGUAACAACUACUGUAACCAUUUCUCUUUUUACCUUGGCUUAUCCACUGAACUCCAGAAAACCAGAUAAUGGACCAGUUGUUUAGGUUCGUUAUGGAGGGCAAGACUGAUAUGGCACACACAAACACACACAAAUUAGAGAAAUGUCUUGAACCAAUUUAUAUUAUAUUUGGAAAUUUUUUUUAUGAAUGUAUGUGAAAUAAAAUUACAAUGUAGGAAUAAAAUAAAAAAAUAAAAA